AUAGUAAUCCCAAACAGGCAGUCAACAGCAAAGAGGUCUCACUGGAGGAAUCAAAAUGAGCCUGUCGUCCGUGAUCAAAGCUUUCGGAUCUCUGUGUCUGCUGGUUGUGGAUGGAUUUCCAGUUUCUGAAGGUGAAUCUCCAAAGAUCAUUGGGCCAGAACACGUCAAAAUAAGAGCUCAGCCAGGUGAUCAGCUGUUUCUUCACUGUGAAGCGACUGCAAACUGUGAAGAUGUUACACUCAUCUAUUGGCUCGUCAAUGACUCCUUCCCUGAAGACACCCCCAGCAAUAGCAGAAUAGUAGAAUUAGAGGAAUCAUCUCUAGACGAUGGUGCGAUCCUACAGAGGAGUUUGCUGUUGAAGAAAGUCACGCCAGAGGACCUCAAAUCCACCUUCACCUGUGUCGUGUCAAACGCUACUGGAAUGACUCAGAAGAAUGUAACGUUAACAGCAGCAGUUACUAACGACUGUCAUGGAGGAAAAAAGAGGCAGGUUAACGCUCUGAGACAUGUUUGACUUGCAAACAACUUUCACAAGAGCCAACUGUAUCUGUGAAUGUACUAUUCUGUGCCAUAUUGUUGGUUUGAGAAAACUCUGCAGAAGAAACGUACAAAACUUGGGGUGCAUUUGGUUCCACAAUAGUGGAUCUCUUUCCUAUGAUGGGUUCCAAUCAGUGAGACAAGCUGUGUUAAAAUGUAAGAAGCCACUCCUUUUGAUCCUUUGGGAGGGAAAACUAGAGUACAUUACUGUCCUCUCCUGGUAAAGAUUUCAUGCAUUUUGAGAACCACCAUGUUUAUCCAAGAAACACAACGUCCAGAGGCAACACUUGUGGAACUGCAUGCACCCUAAAUUACUGCCAUUUAGAUGACUCUACUACACAAAGCUAAUAUUUACUGACUGCAGAAUAUAUAUAGAAUAUUGUAACAGUUAAUUGCUGAGCUAUGUGCUAUGAUUGUGCAUCAUUUCAGUGUCUGUGUUCGUUGGCAAUAAAUACACAUGGUUUGCUAAGAGA